GUUGCGUGUCGCGUUAGUUUCGUUUUUCGGUUGUCCUCAGUGUUUCACGGCAGCUCGUUGCUAUUCGUCUUGUGCCUUCCGUUUGCUUAACAGGUAUUGCACGGUAAUCUUGUUAAGUUCAGUUUAAUGUUUGUCUGUUAAACGCGACGCAAAUAAUGCGUUUAUACACUCGUAAAACGCGUGCAAUGGAAAUUGUUUACUUCGAUCAGAAUAUUAUUAUGUAAACGUUGUGCAGAGUACUUGAAUUCACCCGGACGCAUUGCGGGCGCAUAAAGAAAAUAACAGUUCGUUAAAGUCUCCGCCGACGCGCGCCAUGCAGCCGACGUCGGUUUAUCUGAUCUUGUUGAUCGGAUUCUGCGUAUCGAACAUCAACUAUGGACAAAAUCUCGUGGAAGAAGAGUUCAUACCGUCCGUUACUGCAACAUGCAAAGCUGGGUACAUGACGAUUAAAGUCACCACCAAUCAGCCUUUUGUUGGAGCCGUGCACGCCAGAGACUAUCGUACAUCGCCUUGUCUGAGUUACGGUAACGGCACCAAACUCACAACACUCGGCAUCAACUUACUGGCCACCCAAGGAUCGACCGAAUAUUGCGGCAUUUUCAUCAACAACAAAACUGAAGAAAGAUCAGUACCCAUUGCUAUAAGAAUACACAGGACUUUAGAACUUGCAGACGAUAAGUAUUACGUCAUCACGUGUGGUAAAGCAGGAUUUAAAAAUUCCAAAAACGAAACGUCAUUGGUAUCGUUAAAAUUCCUCGAGAACGGCAAAAGAAUUCAGGAAGUCGUCUAUAGCCAUUCGUACACGCUAAGGGCUGAAAUAUCGAGACACGAUGGUGCCUAUGGAAUACGCGUUAAGAAUUGUUUUGCUUUCAAUAAGAAGAACAACAGCGUCAACCUUAUCAACGAACUUGGUUGUCCCGUCAACUCGAAAGUCAUCACGGCGUUCAAGUACGACACGAAGUCCGGGUACGCGGACGCUGUACUCUCGUCCAUGUUCCGGUUCGCGGACAGCCCAGAGCUGUACUUCCAGUGCGACAUCGAGGUAUGCCGAGGCGCGUGCCCAGAACCCAAUUGCGAUGACGGUGGUGUGUCCACGCUGCAACAGACGCAGCAAAUAGCCAGGGACGCAUUCGCGGUCGACUCCCAGACGGACAACGGCACGCUAACGGCUAGCACCACAGUUUUCGUGCUUGAACCCGGCGAGACGGCUCGCAGUCUAACGCUGUGUGAUGAACAGGCCGACGGCAUACGGCCCCCGUGGCUGCUCUACUUGUGCAUAGCGUUCGGGCUCAUGUUCCUCAUCAUGCUCGUCAUCAACGUGUUCCUGUGCUCGGCGAUGACGUGCUCGUGCGCGCGCACCGACAUCAUCGAGAAGGAGCCGAGCAUCAUCGAGGACUACGACCCAUACCGCAGCUGGCACGGUUCUCAGUACGGAUCCCGGUAUUCAUUGAAUGGCAAGCCGGGAUACGUGUCGGGUGGUUCUACAAUGAAUUCCACUCGUUCUAUGUCGACCAACAGCGACCAUUAUGCGAUAGUACAUUCCCGACCCGGUAGCCGAUACUCAGGCACAGCCAAACAUCAGCCGCAUAUGAGAGGACCCCCGUCUAAUAUGGGAUCGCAUUAUUCUGGAAAGUUGUAAAUGUAUAUAAUGUAUUAAUAAGUACUAUUAAUUAGUUAAAUCGUCAUUUAUUUUAUAUAAGUAAAUUAAA